AUGGAGCCUUUUCAACAUCAGAACCAAAUUCAGAAAUAUAGAAGGAAACUUGGAAUGCCUUAUGCUAAUUCCAACUGUAAUGGAAAAAUCUGGUUCUUUGUGCAAGAUAAUAUUGAUGUUGAGGUUCUAUUGGAUAUUGAGCAGGCUAUUACUGUAAAGCUGCAGUUUCAAGAUUUUAAUAAAGAAAUGGUGGUUACAAUGGUGUAUGCUAAAUGUUCAGAUGUGGAGAGAAUGCAGUUGUGGGACAGUUUAUACCUCUUGGCUAAUAAUAUGACAGCUCCUUGGCUGGUUGGAGGUGAUUUCAAUGUUAUACUGAAUGAAGAAGAGAAAAUAGGAGGUCUACCAGUUUUGCCACAAGAAUAUGAAGACUUUGCCUUUUGUCUGAAUUCCUGUGAGUUGCAUGAGAUGCCUUUCAAAGGGAGUCCUUUCACAUGGUGGAAUGGUAGGGCUGCUAAUGACUGUAUAUUUAAGAGAUUGGACAGGAUUGUAUAUAAUGAUGCAUUUCAGAAUUGGUUUGGACAAUUAGAAGUGGAACAUCUGUCAAGGACUGGUUCUGACCAUGCACCAUUACUUGUAUCAUGUGGAGAUCAAGGGGAAAAGUUUAUCAAACCAUUCAGAUUUCUCAAAUUCUGGGUGGGACAUGAUAAUUUUCUUGAUUUUGUUAAACAUCAAUGGGAAACAGCCUUAACAGAUGAUGUAUUUCUGUCAUUUAAGCUCAAAAUGAAGAAACUGAAAAUAGCUUUAAGCACAUGGAGUAAGAAUACUUUUGGGGACAUUUUUAAACAACUUGUUAUCAGAGAGGAAAUAGUUAAGAUUAAAGAGCAAUUGUUUGAAGAAACUCCAUCAGCAGAAAAUAGAAUGGUCAUGCAAAGGGCACAAGCUGAACUUAAAUUGUCUCUUCACUAUGAGGAGGAAUUCUGGAGGCAAAAAGCCAGGAUGGAUUGUUUUUCAGAAGGUGAUAGGAAUACUAGAUAUUUCCAUAGUCUGGUAAAAGGAAGAAGAAAAAGAAUCCAGAUUAGGAGGAUUAAAGAUGAUGCUGGAAAUUGGAUUGAGGAUGUUGAUAGUGUUGCUGCUCAAGCUGUCAACUUUUUCCAUAAGCAAUUUACUCAUGAGGGGGUUAGCGAAGAUUCUCCAAUUUUUCAUCAUAUUCAAGAGCUGAUCAAAGAGGAGGAUAAUAUACUACUUGCUGCUCAACCUACUAUGGAGGAAGUAAAGAGGGUUGUAUUUGAAUUAAAUGGGGACAGUGCUUGUGGCCCUGAUGGAUUUUCUGGUAUAUUUUAUCAGAAGUGUUGGGAGGUGAUAAAGGCUGAUGUAUAUAGUGUUGUUAAAGCUUUCUUUGAAGGACAAACUCUUCCCAAAUCCAUCACUCACACUAAUCUGGUUUUGUUACCAAAGAAAAAUAUUGUUGAGGCAUUUUCUGAUAUGAGACAUAUAAGUCUUAGCAACUUUAUCAAUAAGGUCAUAUCAAGAGUAGUUCAUGACAGGCUAGACAAGCUACUUACAAAGGCACAUGGUUUCUUCCAUUCUACAAGGGGAGUCAUGCAAGGGGAUCCACUUUCUCCUGCUCUUUUCAUUAUUGCUGCAGAGGAUGAUACAAUCAUCUUUUCUUCAGCAGAUAACCAGUCAUUACAGAUGAUCAUGAAUACUCUACAGGAAUAUGAGAAGGUAUCUGGACAGCUGAUAAACAAGAGCAAAAGUUCCUUUUAUAUGUUCAGCAAAGUAUCACAUGAGGUUAGUCAGCAGGUUGCAAUUGUUACAGGAUUUGUGAGAGGACAAUUUCCUUUUACAUAUCUUGGAGUACCAAUUACUCAUGCCAGAAAAAGGAAAGUGGAUUAUACUGAAUUAUUGAAGAAAGUCAAAGACAGGUUCUUUUGGAAUAAUAAGGAGGAAGGUAGAUGCAGACACUGGGCAGCUUGGCUUAACAUGUGUAUUCCCAAACAUGAAGGUGGGUUGGGAUUCAGAUCUAUUCAUGACACAUCCAAAGCUUUAUGUGCUAAACUAUGGUGGAAGUUUAGAACCACUAGUUCACUAUGGGCCAAUUUCAUGUGGAAUAAGUACUGCAAAAAACAAAUUCCUCAGUUGGUUCAAUGGAAGGGAGGGUCACAACUAGGUGCUCUUAGUUAUGUGGUUCCCCAGUCCUGGCACAUCAAUGAGCAUGCUGAAGAUGUUUCUGAACUUAUGACAGAUGGAAGAUGGAAUGUCAACAAACUCAUUCAGAUGUUUCCUGAAGAUAUUGUGCAACAUAUAUUACAGGAAAUUGACAUUAAAUGUGCAUCAAAUGAAUGGGAUAGACCUUGGUGGAUGAUGACAAGCACAGGUAAGUUUACAGUAAGUAGUGCAUGGCACUUGCUGAGACAAAAGGCUAAUGUAACAGUGCCAUUUCAGAAUAUGUGGAUCAAAGGUGUACCUUUUAAAAUAUCAUUCUUCAUGUGGAGAUUGUGGAAGUUUAAAGUCCCAAUUGAUGAAGUGGUGGCAAGUAUUGGCAUUCCAUUAGUUUCAAAGUGUUGCUGCUGUCAUAAUGCUCAGAUAGACACAAUAAACCAUCUAUUUCUGUGUGGAGAUUUGGCUGCAAAGGUAUGGAGAUACUUCAAUAUGGGGGCUGGAUUGAGCUUGAAUUGUGUUCAGAUUGUUCAGUUCUUUGAAGGAUAUAAGCCUACUGUUAUAUGCAAAAUUAUUACAUGGAGGAGACCUGCAUAUGGAGUUUAUAAGUCUUCUAAAAUGUUGACAGAUGGAACAAAUAUUGUGGCUGAGGCUGAAGCUAUUAGAAUGGGACUGAGCCACUGUGUAGAAAAACAGCUUUUUCCAUUGAUCAUAGAGACUGAUUCCAUGACCAUGAAGAUGAUUUUAAAUGCUGAAUGGAAGGUCCCUUGGAGCAUUUCAAUAUUGGUGGAGGAUAUAAGGAGGAUGAUGGAGGAUCAAAUAGUUCAAUUCAGUUUCAUAGUUUUCAGGAAUUACCCAGUCAAGCUAAGAGGAUUCUGA